CAUGUCUGCGAUAGCAUUAUGUGAAAGAGUCUAUGCUGUUUGCUGUGACGUGGGUGGAAGGAAACAGAGAAGGGAGGAGAGGAGUGAAUGCAGAGAAAGGCUGAGUAAGAUUUGAAAAAUAUGAGUGUGGCUGGAGCUGUUCGUCUGCUGGUAUCAUUCAUUUUCUUUUUCCUGAAAGAUGGUGACAUCACCCAUUGGUUUCUGGGCUCAGUGGACUUCAGUAUCCCGAUGCUCUGCUGGAUCCAGUCGAAAGAGCAUUAAUCUCCCCACAGGUUUGGAGGAAAUGCUGAUGUUGAGUGGAUACCCCCCGCAGAGGUGGUUUGAGUCCUCGCAAUCAUAGAUCCGUCAUCAAGGGAAUAGCUUUCAUCAUGACAACUGCCUACCUCGAGACUGCGCUCCUUGACCCCUCCUGUGGAGGGUGUAAUUACUGAGGGAGGGGCAGCGAGACUGAGAUAAGCUUUCCUGUGAAGAUAGAAAUCAUCCAAACCAUGUAGUGUUCCUUUCUCCAAGGAAUGGGGGAGGGUCUACAUUUGAGUCUGAUCUUUUUUCAUUUAUUUCUGCUUAUGUAAUUAGUGGAAGAGAUUUUGUGAUUGAUUAUAGUGUAUGUGGGCGUGGACGGUGAGGAGAAAGUGACAGACAGAAAGAGAGAGAAAGAAGGAAAGAGAUGGUCCUCCACAUCACCCCGUAUUCCAGUGCCUGUCUGCACUUCUUGGAUGGCUUGUCGUGGAGCCUGGUGUUUCCCUGCUACUGGUUCCUGGACCGGCUCCUGGCGUCCUGUGUGGCCACCUCGCUGGAGAAGCGACAGCGCUCCCAGGAUCCCUGCUCCUUCCUCACGUUAUGCGUGCUGAUCGCCGCACCCCUUUACCUGCUCCUCCUCCUCGCCUCCUUGCCCUUUGCUCUGCUGGGCUUCAUCAUCUGGGCUCCCCUGCAGGCAAUCCGCCAGCCCUACCUGUACACCUACUGCAGGCCAGACAAACACCAGGCUGAACAAGGUCAAGCAGGUGCUGGGAUUGGGGAAUGGAGGCCACAAGGCAGAAGCUUCUGUUUCUGCAGUGCCAAUGUUUGCCUUCUGCCUGACUCCCUAGCAAGGUUUAACAACCUGUCAGACACCCACCGGAGAGCACGGGAGGUAGGGAAGAGGAUCCGCAAUGGUGCCAGCCGACCUCAGAUUAAAAUCUACAUUGACUCACCUACCAACACUUCUAUCAGUGCGGCGUCCUUCAGCAGCCUUGCCACAGGUUUCCGCCGUACCUCAUCGUUGGACCAACGUCCAGACCAAACACACACAACCAAUGGCCCAGCCGACACCGAAACUGAACCUGCCACCGAGUGCCCGAUUCACCCCUCAGGUGCCACUGACUGCCCCGUUCACCCCUCUGUGAAUGACCAGGGCUCUGCUGAAUGCCCUGUGCACCCUGAUGGGGCAGACACUACAGCAGAAUGCCCUCUCCACCAAGGGGGGGCUAAAAGCAGCUCAGACUGUCCCAUUCACACCUCAGGGGAGGCUCCAGACUGCCCCGUGCAUUCCACAGUAGCUCAGAGUGCUCCUGGUCAUCAUGACUGUCCCAUGCAUGGGGAUGGGACCCAGCCAAAACCCGCAACAGACUGUCCGCUUCACACCUCAGGGGUUCAAAUUAGCAUCAGCGCUCCAGAGCCGGACCCCCAGGAAGAGGAGGCGGAGACAGGGAACCACCGGCCUGGAGAGCACGGAGGGGCAGACACGGGCAGCAUGACUGCUUCUCGUGAGUCCCUUGCUCGUUACCAUGGAAGUGAUGGCGGGAUAGGGAUAUCCUCCAACAAUACUCUCUCUCAUGUCCCACGCACAUCAAUAUUCAAGCGCCCUGGUCGAAAACGCCGCCACGGAGAUGAAACAUUCGACCAUGAGAUCUCUGCCUUUUUCCCUGCCAACUUGGAUUUCCUGGCUCUACAGGAGGUAUUUGACCAUGGAUCGACUACUAGACUACGGCGCCAGCUGCAUCGCUAUUUUCCCUACGUCCUGAGCGAUGUUGGGCGGUAUGGCUGGAAAGGCUGCUGCUCCAGGUUCAAAUUCCUGAACAGUGGGCUCAUGCUGGCAAGCCGCUACCCAAUCCUGGAUGCACGAUACGAGUGCUACCCCAAUGGCAGAGGGGAAGAUGCACUGGCGGCCAAGGGGGCGCUGUUUGCCAAGGUUCACGUGGGCACCUCACACCAAGAGCAGAGGGUGGUGGGAUACGUCACAUGUACGCAUCUCCACGCCAUAGAAGGUGAUGCAUCAGUACGGUGUGAGCAGCUGGACCGGUUGCUUCAGUGGGGGGCUGAGUUUCGCCAGUCAUCAUCCAUACCACUGGAAGGAGAGAAGGUGCUGGAAGACCUGGUGGCCUUCGACGUCAUCCUGGGAGACCUCAACUUUGACAACUGCUCUUCAGAGGACAAGCUGGAGCAGCAGCACGCACUUUUUACUCAAUACAAGGACCCAUGUCGCCUGGGGCCAGGGGAGGACAAACCAUGGGCUCUGGGUACUCUGCUGGAUCCCAGUGGCCUUUAUGAUGAAGAUGUCAGUUCACCGGAAAGUUUACAAAAACUUAUGGAGAACGAAGAGGGAAGGAAGGAGUACCUGGUGUUUCCUCCCAGUAAGAGCCAGUGUCCCGCCAGCAGUCAGAAGGGAAGGAAAAUCCCGCUGAAGGGCAACGGACGCCGUAUUGACUACAUCCUUUACAGCGACGAGGGCCUCCAACAGGACUGGAAACUGGAAAUCGAGGAGUUCAGCUUCGUCACCCAGCUGGCCGGCCUCACCGACCACCUGUCUGUGGCCAUGCGCUUGGCUGUUUCCACUGGGGAAGAGGAGCCUUAGACUCAUCACCUGAGCUUUUUAUUUAAAUACUGCCAUGGAGAAGAGCAGACAGCCAGGAUGAGAAGAAGAUGUUACAGAUAUGGAGGUGCUCGAGGAAAGAUUGAUGGGGCAGCAAAUAGAUGGAUGAAUGAACGAAGGAGGAUUAAUGAAGGUAGAGAAGAGGACCACCUGAGGGGAGAGAGACUCUGAGAGACUCUGAUAAGCAGGGGGAUUCAGUUUAGGAAACCAGAAAGAUUUUCAUCUUCCUGGGUAAAUCACCCACUCAGUCACACACAUUAAAUACAGCACCACCCACAAGAGAUCGACUUCUCGACUGUUGAGUAUCGCCUGGCCUCUCCUCCAACGCUCCCUCUGGAACUGAGUCCAAAGGGUUUUAUUUUCAGUGAAUGGUUUCAUGUAGCCAAUAAACACACUCCUUUUAUCAGAUCUGUUUUAGCCGUAGUGUUAGUAGGAUUUCUUUUUUUAAUUAUAAUUAUUGUUAUUAUUAUUCUACCUUCAGGGACAGAAGGGACAAACACAUUAUUGGAGAGAAGCGUACAGCUACAGACUGGCCUUUACACUGACCGUCUGUGUCUUUGUGUCGUGUUCCUUGCUGAAAGGCUCUUGGUCAGUUAUUCACCUUACUGCUCUCACAGUCAGUCCCAGGAACCUCAACAAGUGUCUUUUCUUUUCUAAAAACAACAACAAGUCUUUCUAAAAGGAUGAAAUCAAUGUACAAUUUCUAUUGUGGCCGCACCAAUUUUUAUAAGGAGUUGAAAUGCCUGUUUAAUAUUAUAUGGUAUGUUUCUAUAAAGAGGUGUUGUUUAAAGGGACAUGAAACUGGAGAGAAAACGUUGUCGGUUGAAUGCGACGCGACGCUGCAGCAUGUUUGGUGAAACCAUUGGUGAAGCUUUGCUGAUGCAUGAUGGGAAAUGGUGUUAGUUUACAACAUUCAUAUAAAGGCUUGACACAUACUUAUACGUGUCUGAAUGCCUCAAGGGGCAUUUUGGCUCUCAAACACAUACCUGUGUGGCAUUUGUGCAUGCUAAUGCUAAUAACACACGUACAGAGGAUUUACCGAAUGCAGGCACACAGCUACACACAUGACAUAAGGAGGGCUUUCAGUGGAUGUAUCAAACCCUCUGGCAGCCAAAUUGGACCUCUUCACGUGUCCGACACGAAACAUGGCGAUCUUUUUGAGAGACUAGUUAUUGUCAACUUGUUAGCAAACAAACGGUAGUAGCUGGUUGGCAAACCAUCACUUUAUUGUGAGCGCAUCUGUUUGGUUCACUCGGUAAAUUCCAGCAUGAAGCCCAGUUAUUAGCACAGCAAGUUGUCCAGUGGAUUAUUACGUUGACAGCCAUAUUGCGACGCAACUGCAAAACCUCAUUGUUCUGUAACAUUUUAAACACCUACAGGCUGUGCAAUAUGCCACGUAAACUCAAUAUAAAGUUCAAAACAGUCCCAAAGAUUAGCACAGACCGACCAGGAAGACACAGAAUUCAGAUUUUAUUGCAUCAAACGCUUCUUUUUUUCACUUUUUUCACAAAUACCUUUAAAUAACAGAAACUAUCCUUGGUUUUGUUACAAUGUAUCCAAUAUUUUCAAAAAGCAGGACAUGUUCUGGUUUGUUGUUGUUGUUGUUGUUUGUUUUUAUCGCAGCACAAAUUCCUGGGAAUGAUUUGCCAGUAAAUGUUCUAUAAUUACCUGGAUUUCAUUUUUCUUUUUAAAAGUGUCGAAGUGAAAAAACAAAACGUAACUGAAGGCGUGUUCAGACUGGAAGCCCAUGUGAGACUUUUUCUCUUUAAUGAAAAAACAAAAAAUCCCAAGUUGUUUGUGCAAAUUCAGUCAAAUUCCCACCAACUGCUUUGCCUUCAGCCUAAAUGCACCUUCAGAUUUCUGCUGUACUGUGUUACAAUGUGGAGAAACUGGCUGGACAAUUUUGAAAUACUAAAUCAUUAUAAAGCCAUUACACCAACUCUCUGUGUGUAACAGAGCCAAACAGACCAUGGUAUCAAACAGGAGCUGGAACUCUGAGAAGUGUUUAGAGACAUGUGCUUACUCAAACUGUCCUUAAAU